ACAGAGCUGGAGGCGCUGCAUGCUUCAGUUUCCUGUGCAGAGGUUGAGAGGCAGUAACAGAGUUGUUCUCCUCACCUGUGACGUCUCCUCGCUCAUCUACCUGAUGAAACCCAGCAGGGACGGCUAGAGGAACUCACAGAAGAAACACAAAGAGACUGGGAGGGACCCGGAGGACUUUGCAUAGGAGAGACGGAGUGGAGCAGAGGACGCUGGGCCGCUGAGAGCGAGUGGAGACGGUCUGAAGCUCAAGUUAUGCUGCAGACCAUUUAUGAAUCUGACUCCAGCAUCACCGCAGAGUGGAGGAGGAGACGCCUGGACUCUCACAGCACAGCUAUCGCUUCAGAUUCAGAGGUGUUGUCCACAGUGGGCAGUACGUCUGGGGUCAGUAUGUUGGACUGGGACCGUGAUUCAGACGAAUGGGAGAAGCAGUUACAGCGUGAGCUGCUUCUGAUCCAGAGACAGCAGCAGAUCCAGAAACAGCUGCUCAUCUCCGAGUUCCAGAAGCAGCAUCAGAACCUGCUGAGACAACAUCAGGCCCAGCUUGAGGAGCACAUCAAGCUCCAGCAGGCUCUGUUAACAAUACGGCAUCAACAGGAGGUGUUCGCUGAGGAGCGUCGGCUGGUGGGUGAAGAGGAGAGAGAGGAGGUGCGGGACGACGAGAAGGAGCUUUACAGGAGGGAGACGCAGAAAAACCAGCACCACAGACGGAAGGAUCGAUCGAAAGAGAGUGCGAUGGCAAGCACUGAAGUUCGUCAGAAACUGCACGACUUUUUAAUGAGUAAAUCAGCUAAAGACCCAUCAGUGUCUGGUGCCGGUUACCCUCUCAGCCGCUCAAAACUGUGGUACAGCUCCGCCCACCCGGGUCCUGCAGAGCAGAGCUCCCCUCCUCUAGGAGAGACUCCGCCCACUUUCAAAUACCCUCUGACCUCCGGCCUGGACUACAGAGAGGACUUCCCUCUCAGGAAGACUGCGUCUGAGCCCAAUCUGAAGGUGCGGUCCAGACUCAAGCAGAAGGUUUCUGAGAGACGAAGCGGACCGAUACGCCGCAGAGAUGGCAGCGUCCUCGUUACGCCGUUGAAAAAACGAACUCUCGAACUCACAGAUUCAUCAGCCAAUGAGAGCCCUGCAGGUUCUGGACCAAGCUCACCUAUUGGCUUGUGCAACAAUGAGAACGGAGCAUCGUACCGCUCCAGUAACACUCAAAUUGAGCGCUGUCUGUCUCAGGGGGGCGUCCUGCAGACGGACGGGUCCAUGUCGCUGUUGAAUCUUUAUACGUCCCCCUCUCUGCCAAACCUCACGCUGGCUCUUCAUCCUGCUCAUGCACACAUCUGCACGGGAACGGCGCUGAAGGAUCGGACCGCAGAAGGUCUCGCGGCCGCCGCGUCUCCCGUCUCGAUGGAGGCUAAAGUGAGCAACGGGCAGCAGGCGCUCCUGCAACACCUCCUGCUGAAGGAGCAGAGACAGCAGAGGAUGAUGUCACCUGUCACAGGUAGUGUUCCUGUGCUUUCCUCGUCUCCACUGGUGAUGAAAGACCGCCCAUCUGCGAGUUCUCGCGCCAGAUUACCGCGACACCGACCUCUAAACCGGACGCAGUCGGCGCCACUGCCGCAGAGCACACUGGCACAGCUUGUGCUGCAGCAACAGCACCACAACUUCAUGGAGAAACAGAAACAGCUUCACCAGCACGUCCACAUCAGCCAGGUUCUAUCUCAGUCCAUUGAGCAGCUGAGGAACCCCAGCACCCACCUGGAGGAGGAGGAGGAAGAGGGAUCGUCUUCAGAGCACAGAGUGCCGGAGAUCACGUCGCCCCCUGCUGGAGUCAUACGCAGCCGCAGCGAACCCACAGCCGCCCACGCCAGAGUCAUCCGGAUGAAAACUGAGCCUGAGGAUGGGGAUAGAGAGGAAGAGAGAGGAGGCGUGAGAGAGGAGGACAUGAGGAGAGAUACAGGUGAAGAACAGAAGGAGAUUUCAGCACGGAUGAAGAGAAGCAACGCCGAACACUGUCUAGAAAAUAUGACAGAAACUGAUGUUUGAAAACGAGAAAGAACUGACGAAAGAAAGGAAGGAAUGAUGAACCUCACAAAACUUGUACAAAAAAAUGUCUAGGUCAUAUUUUUUAAAUAAAAUAACUGAAUUAAUAAAUAUUAUUUGUUUUUAAUAAAAUAUAAAAUAUUGUAAAAUAUUUUUGCUUAAAGAAAAUGUUUUUUUUUUUUUUUUUUUUUUGCAUUGUGACAAUUAAAAAAAUAAUAAUUAAAAUGAUUAUACAAUAGUACAAUUUUUUCUUUUUUUUAAGCAUAAAUUAAAGGCAGAUAUUUAGAAAAAAUACUGCCAUGGUGCGAAAAUGCUACACAUAACAUAAUUUUACAUUAAUCACUGAAAAUAAAAAUCGAAAUAAAUUUUCAAACCAUCAUUUACUGUAAUACAGUAAAAAAGACAAAUAUAUCUUUAUUUAGGCAUUAAAUUCAGAUAUUUAAAAUAAACUGUGCACUUAAUACUACAAAUUAUAACUUAAAUUUUGCAUAUAAAAUUUUGCAAUUUGCAAUUUACUGUAAUACAGUAAAAAAUACUAAAUUUUCUUUUCAUUUAAGUAUAAAUUAUAUGGCAGAUAUUUAGAACAAAUACUGUCAGGAUGCAAAAAUACUACAAAUAAUAUAAUAUUAAUUUAGCAUUAUAUAUUAUGUUUAAAAAAUGUUCAGAUCCAUUACGAUGCUGAGAAAUUGGGAGAAAAUUACUGAGACAGUUUUAAAAAAUACCCACAUUUUCAGUCAGAUACUUAUUGCCAUUGUGCAAAAAUACUACAAAUAAUAUAACAUUAAUUUUGCAAUGUGUAUUAUUUUUUAUUAUUAUAUAUUACUUUUUAAUUAAGCAUAAAUUUAAGUCAGAUAUUUAGAACAAAUACUGCCAUUGUGGAAAAUUACAACAAAUAAUAUAACAUUAAUUAUGAUUUUUUUUUUACCCCCUAUUUUUUUUUAUUUAUUUUUUUUUUUCUCCCUGAAGAUUUGGGAAGAAAGGCAUGUCUAAUUGUCAUUGCAAUUGUCAUCGCAAUGCAAAAAUAAUCUUAAACCUAAGAAGUUCCAUUUUCUUUAAGCAAAAUAAAGUAAAAAGUGAGUGAAAUGUGACCUGGACAUUUUAUUUGAGGUUCAUCUAAUGAAAGCGAGAAAGCAUGUGUUAAGAAAGAAUGAAAGUGAAGUUGAAUACUGAAAGGAAAGAGAAAGUCGGCAGGUAUGAGGGUGAACAUGUGCUUGUCUGUCUUGUGUCCGUCCUCGGCCCUGUUAGUGUGACACUGUCCGUGACCUCUGACCUCUGUCUCUGCUGUGAUCUUCCCUCUGGACUGUUGUUGUUGUUGUUGUGUGUGAAGCUAAAUAAAGAAAAGCGAUGA